GGAGGAGGAGGAGGAGGAGGGAUCGCCUGGCCGGGGGAGAGCGAGCGAGCGAUGGAGUUGAGCCUCGACGGGCUCGGCAGCCUCCACCAGGCGGGCGAGCUCUUGAGCUCCGCCGGGGCGCACGCCCGGCAGCCUCCGCCUCCUCCGCCGCCGCCUCCCCCUCCGCCUCCUCCCCCGUCGGCGCACCGCAACCUCGUCUCCUCGCACGGCCGGCCGGCCAUGGUCUCCAGCAUGGCGUCCAUCCUCGACGGGGCGGGAGACUACCGGCCGGAGCACACCUUGAGCGGCCCUCUCCACCCGGCUAUGAGCAUGGCUUGCGAGUCGCCCUCGGGGAUGAGCACCUACACGACUCUGACGCCUCUGCAGCACCUGCCGCCCAUCUCCACCGUCUCCGAGAAGUUCCACCACCAUCACCAUCCUCACCACCACCAGCACCACCACCCGCACCACCCGCCGCACCACCAGCGGCUCUCCGGGAGCGUCAGCGGCAGCUUCACCCUCAUGCGCGAGGAGCGCAGCUUGGCCGCCUCCAUGGGGAACUUGUACGGCCACUACCCGAAGGACAUGCCGUCUAUGGGGCAGGCGCUGUCGCCCCUCUCCAACGGCCUGAGCCUACACAACGGGCAGCAGUCGCUGGCCCCCUACGGCCCCGGCGCCCACCUGGCUGGAGACAAGUUACUUUCGCCCAACGGCUUCGACCCUCACAUGCUAUCCAGGAGCGAGGAACACCUGGCGCGGGGUCUGGGGGCUCCGGCCUCCGGCAUGAUGUCCUCUCUGAACGGCAUGCACCCCCACGGAGGACACCCCCACGGGCAAGCCAACGGCGCCCUGCUGGGCGAGCGGGAGAGGCAAGGCUCGUCCGCGUCGGGCUCGCAAGGCGGCGGCUCCGGGCAGGUGGAAGAGAUCAACACCAAGGAAGUGGCGCAGCGGAUCACGGCCGAGCUGAAGCGCUACAGCAUCCCGCAGGCCAUCUUCGCCCAGCGGAUCCUGUGUCGCUCGCAGGGCACCCUCUCCGACCUCCUGAGGAACCCCAAGCCGUGGAGUAAGCUGAAGUCCGGGCGGGAGACCUUCCGACGGAUGUGGAAAUGGUUGCAGGAACCGGAGUUCCAGAGGAUGUCUGCCUUGAGGCUGGCGGCAUGCAAACGUAAAGAACAGGAGCAGCAGAAGGACCGGAACCUACAGCCGAAGAAGCAGCGCCUCGUCUUCACGGACCUGCAGCGCCGCACCCUGAUCGCCAUUUUCAAGGAGAACAAGCGGCCUUCCAAGGAAAUGCAGAUGACCAUCUCGCAGCAGCUGGGCCUGGAACUCAACACCGUUAGCAACUUCUUCAUGAACGCUCGCCGGAGGUGCAUGAACCGUUGGCAGGAAGACCCGGGCGCCAACCCCGGCGUUCCCUCUUCAUCUACAAGCACUUUUUCCAAAGCAUGAUCUCCUCCUCCUUCUCACCCUCUCCCUACAUCUCCCCACUCUUGUCCAACACCACACAGCAGCCAAAAAACUCAUCGCCUUCUCCAUGCUGGCUUUCCUUCUCCUCACCGCCAUGCGCACACCUUGAGCAACCAGCCACUCAUACCUCAAGCACAGCCAUCCACACCAGGUGCAACUGGGAUGCUGCUAGAGCUCUGGGAGCAUCCAUGCGUCUUAGAUGCACAACUGCCAUGCGUCUGAGAUGCACAAGAGCCCUUGCCUCCGGCCGCCUUCUGAAAGCUGGUGCCUGAUUUGCAGAGGGUCACUUGCUUGGCGCCAUCUCACUAGCAGCCCCAAAAUCUUUGGCUUAGGUGAGAGAUGCCACUUGCCCCAUAAACAAACAAACAAACAAGCACCCAGCCCAGAGGGUGUUGUGCCAUUCUGAUGGCUGGGCAAGGGGAUUAAGGGGCUGGUUUAAUUGCAGACGUUUUCAAGGAAGUCUGUUUUGAAGUCCCCAUUAUGGGGGAGGCGAAAGCCAUAUCGCUGAGGGUUGGUGGGUGCCUUGGCCAACUGAGUGUGCGCUGGAUGCCUUAAACACAGGCCAGCACUGGGCAAUUGUUGGGAGGGCAAGUAACCAUGUAACCAUGUCAAACUGGUACACCUUCCUUCUGCCCUUUCCCUGUCCCUGGGUUUCAACCCCUAGACCAUUCACCUUUCAAUAGUAAAGCAUUUGCUUUGCAUGCAAAAAAUAAAUAAAUACCAGGCAUCUGCAGGCAUGGCUGGGGGAAAUUCCCAGCCUGAAAUCUCCAGAGAGCUGUUGCCAGUCAGUGUAUACAGUGCUGAGUGAAACGGACCUAUGGUCUGUCUCAGUAUUAGGUAGCUUUCUAUUUUCCUACCAUGGCUACCUUGGCACCAGCAAUGGUCUUGCAUUCUAGGACACAGCUGAGCCCCCAAGUUUCCAGACCCCUGCCCCUGCCCCCACAGCUCCAUUUCAAACGAGGGUCAUUGUUGCGAAGCUGAUAACAGCCCUUUUGGAUGCGGGGCAGGGAAAAGGCAAACGACCGUGUCGCGUGGGAACGGUUUGCAAUUCGUUUGGGGACAAGCUGUUGCAUCCUAGGCAAUGGCGAGUGGAAUCAAUGGUGGCCUGCAUGAAUGGUGUUUAUGGGGUGUUUCUCAGUUUGCAAACAAAAAUGCGUAAGGGGGCUGAGAAGUUUUUUAAAAUAAUAAAAAAACCAGUAAUGAGUAUGGCAUUCGUAGGACCAACAUGGGGAAAGCAUGGAGAACCAUCUUUGCAAGCAUCACCAAAACAUUACCAUGCUGUCCUCACGCACAUUUGUUCCCCACUCACCUGCUCAACACCUUUCCUUGCAUCCCAUCGUCUACGCAGCUCAUGAACAGAAGGCGUUACUCUCCAAACCAACCCCUCCAUGAGUAUACAACUGCACAACAACAUGAUUCACGUCUACCAAAAAGAAAAAAAAUGAGCAACCAAAAAGUGUAGGAGAAUCAGCCGAAGAGAAGACUUCUUGUUCUUGUUCUAUCAAUGGUUCCUCUCAAAGGAAUUCCAAGCCAAAGUAUGGAAAGGAAGAGGGAGAGUAGCAACUCACACGAAAAAAUACCCCCUUCCUCCCCCCUGGAAUCAGUCGUGCGGGGGGGUCUAAAGCUAAGUUGCACUGUGUCACCUCGAGAGAGAGAAAAUAUAAGCGGGUCACGAAGCACAUUUUAGGUACAUAAUUCGGGUAUUUAAAAAGAGAGAGAGAGGAAAACGAAAAGCUUUAACGAAACCAAAGGAAAGGAGAGGACAGGAUUUCCGUUCUUUUUUCCGGACGCUGGACCGCCGUCUCGCCUUCUGUCUUGACCUUGGUUUCAUUCCAGAAGACAGCCCCAGAUUGGACCGAUUCUGUCCAUCUCCUCGCAGCGUACCUCCAAGGCCCCCGCCUCCUUUAUCCUGCUAUCGACAGAGAGAGGUGGGGAAAUGACCGAUAUGAUAAGAACUGGAUUGGUGGACGGAGGCCCCAAUUGCGAAUCUGCUUGCAGAACAGAGAUAUAUUUAAGUACGGAUCGACAUUGUGGGUGGAGAGAAAUGCAAACUUCCUUCUCAACCACCCCCUGUCCCCAUUCCACCCCUCUGCUCCUGGAAAAAGAAAAACUCUACAACAAGCUCAAAAAAAUUAAAUGGAUCUCUGGCAACGUAUGAAAGAUAACUGACUAUUUGAGUGUGUGCAUGGGUGAAUGUGUGCCAAUUAACAGCCUGCCUUAAAAAAUAAGUAAAUUACAAGAUAGAUACACCACGAUUCUCUUCUUCAUUUCUGGAAGGAGCGUUGUCCUCAACAGGGGCCGGCACCAUGAAUCACGAGUGACUUGCAAAGGUGAAAUAAAACGAGACAAUGGCGGGGUCAAAAGAGGAUGAGGGACACUUUCGCGAGCCAAGCCUCCCCAAAGUUUGAACCCAAAGGGCCGAAGAGGAGAUGACGUCGAGAAGCCCAGGGGGCAAGAGAAUCUCACCCUCGCCACCUCCCCAGCAAACGUGGGGGUUUCUUUGUGUGUCUGUGCGUCCAUGUGUCUGUGUGUCUUCUUGUUUUUGAUUUUUAAUGGGACAAUACCAAAUUGAUGCGGGUACAAAUAGCACGGUCUGUGUGGAGGUCUUUCCCCCCCUGUUCACUUUACGUUGAAGGCGAAGUGUUGAAUCCACGGUUAGGCGACUUGUGGAACGACGAGGAGGAGAAGGAGGAAAGCCACACCAUCGGAUAAUAUUAUUUGAUUCGAAAGGAGGAUGAACUUUGAAAAGAAAAGAGAAGAAACUUUAACCAGAAACCCACCCACCCACCCCCAAAAUUAUGCCCCAAUCUAUUGAGCGGGUGUGACCAUCAGGGUGUGAGCAGGGGAGAGAUGGUUGAACCAACCCAAACAGACGACGGAAGGAGGGGAAUGUAGCAAAUGCAGAGCUGUGUUUUGCCAAAGGAGGAAGAUAGGGUGCGAAAGGAUAAGGGAAGCAAAUAUAUAUAUUUCCCUCUCCGCCCAGUGUCCACCCCCCUCUCCAAGCGCCCCCUAUUCCCCCCAAUCCUGUCUUGUCUUUGUCGUGACGUGUCGACGCUAACGGACGAUGGAGGGCGAAGACAGUGGAUUUCUGUACCUGAUUUUGUGGAGUAUUUAAGGGCUGAGAAGCCACGCCAGAAAAUAAAAGAAGAAAGGUAAUAAACGGGGGCCUGACCUUGGCUAAAAAAUAAAUAAAGAGAGCACCCCAAGGACAAGGAAGCUGUCGACGAGCGACUGGCCCCCCAAGCGUGAAAAAAAAAAAAGACGUUUGUAGUGAGACCCAAAAAAAUAUAGGCUACCUCACUUGAGUUUUCGAGUUUUUCGUGAUUUGAGAAUCACACCUGAUACCAAAGAUUUGUUCCCCUUGCCUGGUUUGUGGUGGAAUCUAAACACACCCACCCCUAAACUCCCCCAACCUUCCUUAUCCUCGUUCCCACGCUACCGCCAUAAUCAUCCCUAGAUGGUUAUGUCACCCACCAUGACCCAUAGAUGUUGUAGCCAACCUUCUUCCUUCCCCAGACCCCCAUAUCUUGCUCUUUCCAUUGCUCCCCCCCCCCAGAGAGAAAGACAGACAGACAGAGACAAAGAGAGAGAGAGAGAGGAGAGAGAGAGAACAUGAUCUUUAGAGUGAUAGAGUGCCUUUUCUUGUACCAAAGGUGGUAGACCACGUUUCUUUGUCCUAUAAACUCACACAGUAACUUACCUCAGUUCUCUUAAUGGGAUGGAUCCCGGCUACUCUCGUUUGCUUUUGGGUGAUGGGGCAGAAGGCCAGUCUACCCCUUGUUCCCUCCUUGUCCCUCCCUUCUCGCCCAACUGCCCAAGAGACUAAUUCUUCCUCCCCAACUUGAGUGCCUGCGAAUGCGCACAAGAACCAAAAUGUGCUUAUUGGGCUCUUAACAUUCAUGGAUAUUAACGUUCUGGAACUUUGUCUGUACCAAUGAAUCGGGUGAGAAGAGACUCCAUAGCUCAGUGGCAGAGAACAUGAUCUGCUUGCAGGUCCAGGUCCCAAACAUCUCUCUGUCACAUUCUGUGGGACCCUGGAGAGCCUUGUAGGGUCUCCAACCUGCCUGGUUCAAGGUGCUUUGAAGCUCCAAAGUUUGGGUCUUCAAAGCACCUUGGAAGUCAACGGAUGAGCAGGAGCUGAAACCUGUUCGCCGUUGCCAGUGCGCAAUUGUUGUCCAGGGCUCUCCAGAUGUUCUUAUGAAGAACACAGAGAGAAAGAGACAGAGAACAGCUGUUCCCUAUAUGUCCUGCCCAUGAGCUUCCUGAAGGAAUCUUGAUUGGUUACCAAGAGAACAGGUGGCUAGACUUGAUGGGAAUUUGGCUUCACCCAGCAGGUCUCGUUUGAGGUUCUCCAGAACCUAUCUCCACCUGAGUUGGAAAAAGGAAAUUGAUGUUUCUUCUCGCGUUAUCCUCACCUUUCAUGGGUUGUAGGUGUCAGACCCCCCAGAACACAUGCGACCGACCCACCUUCUCUCCCAAGACCCCUCUAUCCCAAGCUAAAUCACACCCCCUCCAUCUUUUGACCCAACACCCAAAUAGCCUUGUUGAUACCAAAGAAAUUCUCCGCUCAGGAGGAAAAAAUAACAACCCUUUGCAUAAACCCAGCCAAACGACCCGACCCACCGCCUCUCUCUCCAUCACAAACCUGGCAAGACUUUUGACAAUGUUCUCUGAAAUACCUCAAAAAUAAAAUAAAAUAAAUAUUUAAUGUAUAGUUUAUGUGACAAAAAAAAUAAUGAUGAUGAUAAUAAUAAUAAUUACUUAGCUAGUUUUUGGAAUUUGCAACUUGAAGCUUUAUACUGUUAAAUUAUAAUUUUUUUGCAGAGGGCGGCAUGUUGUAAUUAUGUUAAGAUCCUCAUUGGGAGACGUAUUGAAUGUUAAGAAAAGGGAAAGGGAAAACUGGUUCGUUUCAUGAUUUUUUAAAGAGGGAGAGAGACGAAGAGAGGGAAACGAAGGUUCCUUGGCGUUUACAGAUUUCAUAUUUAAACGAGUCCUUUAAAAGAAAAAAAAAUCACAAAAUAAUACUAAUACCUGUUGCUUUCGGGGAUGUUGUUCUUUUCUUCUCCUCUCCUGCUGAGUCAUGUCUUACGAGAGUAUUUAUUAUAUGUGUUUAUGUGUUAAAUUGUAAUUUAAGAAGAAGAAGAAGAAGAAAAAGACCAAAAAAUAGAGAGAUGAAAUGGAAAUUUGAUUUAUGCAUGGAAAACAAAAUAUACUCUUUCUUGAAGUAACGUAAUAAUUA